AAUAUUCUUUAUCUGAAGAGCAUUAAAAAAGCUGUCCUUGAUUAUAUUUUAUUGGAUAAAGCAGAACAGGAUCGACUUGGAUUGGUCAUGUUACGGAAGCCGAAGCAAGCUACCGGUAGGUGGCGAUAUCCUUGGUAUGAAUUUUUAAAACGAGCCCGAGGUCAAAUAAGAAAUCAACUUUUCAUAAACCACCCUGUGAACUUGAAGAUAUUACAAAAUUGGAAAGUCAAGUAUGACGACUUUCGCCUUGUGAAUAUUGAUAAACUGUAUCCAAGAAUGCCGUUCACAAUCGAAGAAUUCGUCAAAGAAUUUCAAAUCUCGUGUAAUAAUGCAGCUGAACAUUUACGCGUUGUUUGGUUGCAAGAAUGUGCUGAUAUUGUGCAAGACAACAAACCGGAAGUUGAAUCGGCAGCGAGUAAUUAUGACCAGGGGAAUAGAAUGAAUGGAAUGGACCAUUUUUUCGGUUGUCUUUCCACUCUGAUGUCAAAUAUCAUCAGAGAACUUGUUCGAAGCUCCAUCCAUGACGUAAUACGUUUGUUUGAACAUUACAGAUGCGGGAAUAAGUACGAUGCGAGUUAUGAAGAAAGUGGAUUUAAUCUUCCCACGAUGCCACACCCGAUUAAAUUCUUUAUGCUGGCAGAUAUGGAACACACAUCAACGACCUUUAAACCAAGUUUUAAAGAAAUUAUAAGCAAGAUCCAUCAGGCUUUAGACAGUAUAGUUAUUAGUGUACAACAACUACCUAAAGUCGAACAACUACUAUUUCAACCAGUAAAAACUCUCGAAGUAUCUUAUAUUUCAUCUGUACAAGUUGAUGAUGAGAUUGUCCGAGUCGCUAAACAACGUAUAAAUGACAUCGCGCAAAUUAAUUGCCACGGCCCCAUCAGAUAUCGCGCCGUAUAUGAACCAACCUACAAUCAUUUGUUAAAAUCACAAACUGAUAGCAAAGUAGCGAGUUUUUUGGAAAGAGAGCCCCCGCUACGAAGUUAUGUCAAAGAGUUGGAAAAACUGCGUUCAAUGUCGAGCAGCAUCGGAAGUUUACCUGUUUACAUCCCGAUGCAUCUUUUCCUUCUCGACUGCAAAGAAUUAAAUCAGUGGUUACUUAACAGAAGCCAUCACCUACAAACAAUGAUGAUAAACACAGUUGUAAAUAUAUCACGUCGAUUUAACCGUUCAAUAUGUUCCACAUAUGAUGGAAUAGUGAAACGAAUUACAUCCCACGUUAUAAGCACUGUUGGUCUGGUGGAAUUGCAAGAAUACGUGGAUGGCUUAGCUUUAACAGAAAUGGUGAAGAUGAAAGAAAAGCUCGACGUUGCAUCGAGCAAUCUUCUCUUUCUCAUGGAAUAUGCGAUUUUAUCAAAAGAAGAUGUGUUGCUUAAUGAUAAUACGUUUUCAUGGCCUGAACGAAUUAUUCCUAUUAUACGGAACAGUGAACAGCGCUUGCAGAAAGAACAUGAUUUAAAGGUGAGCAAGUUAAACACAUGGCAGCGUGGAUUGGAAACACGAAUUCAGGAUGUCGCUGAAAUUGUUCGGGAUUUUCAACGGAAGGAAAGAAUGGGAGAAGCACAACGUUAUGUGGAUGCUUUAAAUAAAAUUCAAGAAAAAAUCACAGGAUUUAUUGAAGAGAAGCAACAAAUAAACAAAGAAGAAAUUUUGCUAGACGUCGGACACGUCAGUCCGUAUCCUCAAAUACAAGAACUUAUUGUUAAAAAGGAACCAUUUGAAAAGCUCUGGAAAAACGUUGUUGCGUUUAAUAGCAUGCAUGAUAAGUGGCUGAAUGGUCCAUUACUUGAAGUAAAUGCAGAAGUCGUCGACGAAACGAUACAAGAUCUGUGGAAAACAAGUUACAAGUUAACGAAACGAUUUCAACAUCCCGAUCUCAUGGGUCCAUUAAAAGCAGCUGCGACAAUUAAAAACAAACUUGAAAAAUUUCGAUUAAACAUGCCGAUCAUAAAUGCAAUGUGCAACCCUGGUAUCAAGACGAGGCAUUGGGAAUUAAUGUCGGAACGGAUCGGAUUCGACAUGGCUCCCAAACCCAACACUCCAUUAAGCGAAAUUCUUAAAUUAAAGUUGGAACGCCAUCUUGAUGAUCUUACUCAUAUAAGUAACCAAGCGAGAAAAGAAUAUGCUUUGGAAAAGGCUUUGACAAGAAUGAAGAAGGAUUGGGACACAGUGGAUUUCGUGCUUGUACCGUACAGGGAUUCAAAUCUUAAAAUCCUUUCUUCCGUUGAUGAUAUUCAAAUGCUUUUAGACGACCAUAUCGUGAAAACUCACACAAUGAAAGGAUCGCCUUUCAUCGAGCCGUUCGUUGAUGAAAUUGCAUCAUGGGAGAAUGCUCUGCAAAAAGCCCGAGACAUCAUUGAAAGUUGGCUUGUAGUUCAAUCAGCAUGGUUGUAUUUGGAACCUAUAUUUGGAUCUGAAGACAUUCGCAAUCAAAUACCUGUGCAAGGGAAACUUUUUACACAAGUCGACACGGAUUACAAAGAAAUAAUGACCCGCGCAGCAAAGAACACAAAAGCUAUGGUUGUACUUUCUGAACAGGGAAUGUUAAAAAAACUUCAAAGCUCCGAAUCUCUAUUGGAAAAUAUACAAAACGGACUAAACGAAUAUUUAGAAAAGAAAAGAAUUUACUUUCCAAGAUUUUUCUUUCUGUCCAACGAUGAACUGUUAGAAAUAUUGUCAGAAACACGAGAUCCACUCAGAGUGCAACCUCAUCUCAAGAAAUGUUUUGAAGGAAUUGCGUGUUUGGUUUUCACUGACAGCAAGCGUAUUGUUGCAAUGCAAUCAGCCGAAGGGGAGCAAGUGGAACUUGUUCAUCCGAUUAUCCCUUGCGAGGCAGGUGGCCUUGUGGAAAAAUGGCUCUUACAGGUUGAACAAGGAAUGAAACUUAGUAUUAACGAAUCGAUGUCACGAGCGGUCGAUGCGUUUCCAAAAAUGCCGUUUAAACACUGGUGUUUGCGAUGGCCUGGUCAAAUUGUUUUAGCUACAAGCAUAAUAUAUUGGACCGCCGAAGUUACACAGGCUAUAAAAGAAGGAGGUUUGGAAAAAUACUUAAGUGUUUGCAGAAGUCACAUCGAUGAUAUAAUUCAGUUGGUUCGUGGUUCGCUCAGUAAUAUGGAUCGAGUCACUCUGGGUGCUUUAGUGACUAUAGAUGUGCACGCCCGAGAUGUUGUUGCCCAAUUAUCCGAAGACAAUGUAAGUGACGUUCGUGAUUUUCAAUGGAUUUCGCAAAUGAGAUAUUACUGGGAAAAUUCGGCUGUUAUUGUCAGAAUGAUUUCUACAACUGUCCCGUAUGAUUACGAAUAUCUUGGCAAUACUGGACGACUGGUCAUAACUCCACUAACUGAACGUUGUUACCGGACAUUGAUGGGUGCACUGCAAUUAAACCUGGGUGGGGCUCCGGAAGGUCCAGCUGGGACGGGUAAAACUGAGACUUGCAAAGAUUUGGCCAAAGCUGUAGCUAAGCAAUGCGUUGUAUUCAACUGUUCAGAUGGUUUAGAUUACAAAGCCAUGGGGAAGUUUUUCAAGGGAUUAGCGCAAUCUGGUGCAUGGGCAUGCUUUGAUGAAUUUAACCGUAUCGAUCUGGAGGUUCUCUCAGUUGUCGCACAACAAAUACAAACCAUUCAACGAGCUGUUGCUGAUCAAGUUAGUGAAUUUGUGUUUGAAGGAACCGAAAUUUCGUUGGAUCCGUCUUGCACUAUAUUUAUCACUAUGAAUCCUGGGUAUGCAGGAAGGGCCGAACUGCCGGACAAUCUAAAAGUUCUUUUUCGCACGGUCGCGAUGAUGGUUCCGGAUUACGCACUGAUUGCUGAAAUCUCACUUUACUCGAUGGGUUUCUUGGCGGCCCGAACACUGGCAACUAAAAUAGUGGCAACUUACCGACUGUGUUCGGAACAACUUUCAUCACAGCAUCAUUAUGAUUACGGAAUGCGAGCUGUAAAAUCAGUACUAACUACUGCAGGCAAUCUGAAAUUGACGCAUAUUGAUCAUCGAGAGGACGAACUGAUGUUGAAAGCCAUCACUGAUGUCAAUCUUCCUAAAUUUCUCUCACAUGACAUUCCUCUCUUCCAUGGUAUAAUUUCCGACUUGUUUCCUGGUGUAAAACUUUUAAAACACGAACACGGGAUACUGGACAAAGCGAUACGGAGAAAUGUUACUGCAAUGAAUUUACAACCCAACCCGUGGUUCAUAGAAAAAGUUUUCCAGCUGUAUGAGAUGAUGAAAGUUCGACAUGGUUACAUGGUGGUGGGUAAGGCACUGGCGGGAAAGACGAGUGCAUAUCGUGUGCUCAAUGCAGCUCUUGGUGAGAUUUCUGUCCUGGAUGAGGUGGACGAACAUGCCGUUCAAAUCAAGGUUAUUAAUCCGAAGGCUGUAACGAUGGCUCAGUUAUACGGAAGCUUCGAUCCGGUGUCUCAUGAAUGGUCGGACGGUGUUCUUGCAACAACUUUCCGAGCACAUGCGAAUAGCACGGAUGAAAACAGAAAGUGGUUGAUAUUUGAUGGUCCAGUUGAUGCUGUGUGGGUGGAAAACUUAAACACUGUACUUGAUGAUAACAAAAAGCUUUGUCUGAUGAGUGGUGAAAUAAUUGCAAUGGAUUCUAGGCAAAAUAUGAUGUUUGAGGUAGAAAACUUGGAACAAGCUUCUCCAGCAACUGUCAGCAGGUGUGGAAUGAUAUACAUGGAUCCAGAUGAACUUGGAAGCACUGCUCUUGUGACAUCAUGGUUGCAGACUUCAUUGCCAGAAUAUUUAACCAAACAACAAAAAGAUAACAUCCGCAUGCUUUUUAACUGGCUCCUUCCACCAUGCAUUCAUUUUGUUUUGCGGAGUUGUCAUCAUAUUCUUCGGUUGUCAUCCAUGCACAUGACCAUCAACCUCCUCAAACUUUAUUCUUGUCUUCUAAAUGAACUUGGCAGCGUGCUUGAAACAUGGGAGGACGAUGAUACUGAAAGUAUCUCGACAACUGUGACAGAUGAAGCUCCUGAAGGAAGACUUUCUGCUUCAGAUUUAAAGGCAAUUGAAGAACGGGGAAAUAUGGUUAUUGCUCAUUUCCUUUUUGCAAUUGUGUGGUCAAUCUCAGCAUGUGUAGAUGGAAAUUCAAGAGAAAGAUUCAGUGACUUUUUCCGUGAGCUGUUAGACACAGAUGGGAGCAAGUCGGGACACCCCAGACCCCGGGAACUUCGUAUAUCUCGAAAUCUAAUGAUACCGAAGCGUGGAAGUGUGUAUGAUUAUGUGUAUAUGAAACAAAACUACGGCUCGUGGCAUAGAUGGGAAAACUUGACCAAAAAAUCUGAGCUUAAUGAGCGUACAAAUCUUAGUAAUGUGAUCAUAGAAACAGUGGAUACCUACAGACAACACUUCUUUCUUCAAAAGUUUAUCAACCAAAACAAACAACUACUAUUUGUUGGGCCAACCGGAACAGGAAAAUCAGCUAUUACCAACAAUUACUUGAGAAGUCUCCCAAAGAAACUCUAUGCAAUAAACAACAUAAAUUUCUCUGCACAAACCAGUGCAAGUCAAACUCAAGACAUGAUUUUAUCAAAGCUAGACAGGCGUCACAAAUACACAUAUGGACCAAGUGCUGGUAAGCGAAUGAUAGUUUUUGUGGAUGAUGUUAAUAUGCCUGCAAAGGAACGAUAUGGAGCACAACCACCUAUAGAAUUGUUACGUCAAUGGAUUGAUCACGGACAUUGGUUUAAUAAAAAAGACACAAGCCAAAUUAAUGUUGUCGAUAUUUUAAUGGUAUGUGCUAUGGCACCACCUGGUGGUGGUCGCAAUGUAAUAACAGAGAGAUUUUUACGUCACUUCAAUGUGCUAAGUAUUCAUGAAUUUGAUGAAGACACCAUGAAGACAAUAUUCCAACCACUGUUAGAUUUACAUUUCAGUCGUGGUUUUGAUAAUGCUCUACGACGAUUUGGUCGUAUUAUAAUAUGGGCAACAACAGAUGUUUAUAUGCAAGCAAUAUCAAGAUUCCUUCCAACUCCAUCAAAAUCUCAUUAUAUAUUUAAUUUACGAGACUAUGCAAGAGUUAUCCAGGGAGUUUUAAUGUUUAGGAGUGACAGUUGUCCAGAAGGUGUCAGUGGAGCUUUAAAAAUUUGUCGUCUGUGGGUUCAUGAAGUUUACCGGGUAUUUUAUGAUCGUUUGGUUGAUGAUGAAGACAGAAAUACUUUCUUUGGUAUUGUUAAAAUUGCUACAACGAUGCACUUCAAAGAGAAAAUGAACACCAUUUUCCAACAUCUUGUUACAAAUAAAAAUAAACGCAGUGAUAUUACCGACGGCCACAUUCGAUCUGUGUUUUAUGGUGAUUAUAUGUCACCAAAGAUUGAGGGUGGUGAAAGUGAACGAUUGUAUGAUGAAGUGACAGAUAUAAAAGCACUGACAACAACAAUUGAACGUUACCUUGAUGAUUACAACACAAUUUCUAAAGCUCCCAUGGACUUGGUGAUGUUUCAAUUCGCGAUUGAACAUAUUAGUCGCAUUACCAGAAUUUUAAAACAACCAAAUGGACAUGCAUUGCUUGUUGGUAUCGGUGGCAGUGGACGACAAUCUUCUACGAGAAUUGCUGCAUUUAUGGCAGAUUAUGAAUUAUUUCAAGUUAAUGUCACCAAGUCUUACUCAGUUUCUGAGUGGAGAAGUGAUUUAAAAAAGGUUUUACGAAGAACAGGAGAAGACCUAGUUCCAACCGUAUUUUUGUUUGGAGAUUUUCAGAUAAAGGAUGAAUCUUUCUUGGAGGAUAUUAAUUUACUUCUAAACACCGGAGAUAUUCCAAAUAUAUUUGAAAAUGAAGAGAGAUUGGAAAUUAUUGAUAAAAUGCAAGGAUUGGCUCAAGCAGAUAAUGAUGAUCGUGUUGAAAUAACUCCUAUAAACAUGUACGCAAAGUUUAUUGAAAGAAUUACCAGAUCUUUGCACAUGGUUCUCGCCUUUAGUCCAGUUGGAGACAACUUUAGAACGAGGCUUCGUAAUUUUCCUUCACUUAUUAACUGCUGCACCAUAGAUUGGUUCCAGGCAUGGCCAGAUGACGCUUUGGAAAUGGUGGCCAACUAUUUCUUGGAUGAAGUUGAACUGAGCCAGACUAUGCAACAAGCUGCAGUACAGUUGUGUAAAUAUUUUCAUCAAGAUGUUCGAUUGUUAUCAAACAAAUAUUUUGAAUCACUGCGACGUUGGACGUUCAUUACCCCAACAUCUUAUCUUGAACUUAUCAAAACUUUUAAGAGAUUACUUCAGCAGAAGCGUCUUGAACUUCUUACUUUUAAAAACCGAUACAUCACUGGUUUAGAAAAGUUAGAAUUUGCGGAAACCCAAAUUAAUGUGAUGCAGCAAGACUUAACAGCUCUUCAACCAAAGUUGGAAGAAAGUUCUAAGGAAGUAGAAAAACUUGUUGCGAAUAUCAGUGCGGAAAGUGCUGAAGUGGAAAUGGUGAAAAAACUUGUAGAAGCUGAUGAGGCAGUGGCUGCUAAUUCUGCUGAUGAAGCUCAGAAAAUCAAGCAGGAAUGUGAAGAUAAGCUUGCAGUAGCCAUGCCAGCCAUGAAUUCAGCAAUUGCAGCUUUAAAUACAUUACAUCAACAGGAUAUUGCUUUAAUUAAAACAAUGCAGAAUCCACCCGCUGGUGUGAAAAUGACUAUGGAAGCCAUUUGUAUUUUAAAGGGAAUUAAACCUGAUCGUAAAACUGAUGGCAGUGGAAGAGCAAUUGAUGACUUUUGGCCAGCUGCCAAGAAAAUGUUGGGUGACAUGAAGUUUCUUGAUUCAUUGAGGGAUUUUGACAAAGACAACAUAUCAAUUGGGAUCAUGCGCAAAAUACGAGAUCGUUUCAUUGGAGAUCAAAACUUUCGUCCCGAGUUGAUCAGAAAUGUUUCAUCCGCUUGUGAAGGACUUUGUAGAUGGGUUCUUGCAAUUGAAGUUUAUGACAGGGUAGCAAAAGUCAUUGCUCCAAAAAGAGAAAGUUUAAUAUAUGCUGAAGACAACUUAAAGAGAUUGAUGUCAUUACUUCAAGUUAAAAGAGAUGAGUUAGAAGAAAUAACAUCAAAGCUUCAUGGUCUCAAUAAUCAUCUUCAGGAAAAACUGAAAGAAAAAAAUACACUGGAACACAAUAUUGAACUAACAAAGUUAAAACUAAUAAGAGCAGAGAAGUUGAUCAGUGGAUUAGGUGGUGAAAAAGAAAGAUGGACAGAAAUGACUGAAUCCUUGGACAACACUUAUCAUAAUAUUGUUGGUGAUGUUUUGCUAUCAUCUGCUGUUGUUGCGUACCUACCACCAUUCACACCACUAUAUAGACAGGAAGCAUUGAAGAGAUGGUGGAUGGAGUGUAGAAACAGAGAAAUUCCAGUAAGUGAAGAAUUUUCUCUUGCUAACACGCUUGGAGAUCCUGUUCAAAUAAUGGAGUGGCAACUUGCAGGACUACCAAAGGAUAAUUCAUCAGUGGACAACGCCAUAAUAGUGGAAAAUGCAAACCGAUGGCCGCUCAUGAUCGAUCCACAAGGACAAGCUUGUAAAUGGAUCAAAAACAUGGAAAGAAAAAAUAAUUUGCAUGUUUGUAAACUAACUGAAACCGAUUUUCUGAGAACAUUAGAAAAUUGUCUUCAGUUUGGAAACCCGAUUCUUAUUGAAGAUGUAUCCGAGCAUAUCGAUCCCGUUCUUGAUCCUAUUCUACUGCAUCAAACAUUUAAACAAAGUGGAAUGGAAUAUGUUCAAUUGGGGGAAAACACAAUUCAGUACAGCCACGAUUUUAAGCUCUAUAUAAGCACACGUAUAAGGAACCCACAUUAUUUACCAGAAGUUUCUGUGAAGGUGACGCUAAUCAAUUUCAUGAUCACGUCAAUUGGAUUAGAAGAUCAACUUUUAAGGUUGGUUGCUGCGAAAGAACGACCGGAACUAGAGGAAAAAAAGAAUAGUUUAAUAUUGGAAGGAGCAAAUAAUCGACGACUUCUUAAAAAUAUUGAGGACAAAAUACUUGAAGUACUCUCAAAACAAGGAAAUAUUCUUGAAGAUGAAACAGCAAUCAGAAUAUUAUCGGAAAGUCGUCAGUUGUCAGAGGAAAUUUCAAGCAAACAGGAAAUAACGAGUCGGACUGAACAAGAGUUGGAUGAAACCAGGAAUGGUUACAAACCGGUUGCAAUUCAUUCAUCCAUUCUAUUCUUUGUUAUUUCUGAGCUUGCAAACAUUGAUCCAAUGUAUCAGUAUUCACUGUGGUGGUUUAUCAACCUUUAUAUUCAGUCUAUUGAACAAAGUAAGAAAUCAAUCAACCUUAAAGACCGAAUAGAAAGCUUGAAAUAUCAUUUCACGCAACUCAUCUUUAGAAAUGUUUGUCGAUCACUUUUUGAAAAAGACAAAUUACUUUUCUCAUUCCUUCUUUGCAUUGGAAUCAUGAAAGGAAGUAAUGAGGUUGAUGAUGCAAACUGGAGGUUUUUAUUAACUGGUGGCAUUGCACUUGAGAACCCCUUUCCAAAUCCUGUUUUUGAUUGGUUACCAGAUAAAUCUUGGGCAGAGAUAGUCCGCUGUAGUGACUUACCCACAUUUGCUGGAUUGAUGAGACAUAUUCGAGUCAAUCCAUUAGCAUGGAAGGUAAUUUAUGAUUCUUCUGCACCGCAUUUGGAACAAUUUCCGGAACCAUGGAAUGAAAAACUGGGUCUUCUAGAGAAGUUGGUAGUUGUCAGAUGUUUCAGACCAGAUAAAGUGGUACCAGCCAUACAGGAUUUCAUAGUAAGCAAGAUGGGAUCAAUGUACAUUGAGCCACCCACGUUUGAUCUUCAUUCAAGUUAUCAAGACUCGGAUUCUUCAACUCCUCUCAUCUUCAUUCUCUCUCCUGGAGCAGAUCCGAUGGCAAGUCUUGUCAAAUUUGCAGAAGAGAAAGGCAUGGUUGAUUCAAGUGUUAACACACAAACCACAACUCCCAAAAGUCCAAGGACACCUUCAUCUAGAAAAGCUUCAUUGCGACCAAAGUCUCCUCCUCGGCCUCCACUACCAAAAGAGAUAAACCUGACAAAUACAAAAUCAAAUUCCCUCCUUGUGAAACAAUCUUCACAACUCUCAAGUUCUUCACUACUUGUACCACCUGAUAGCAAUCACUCUAUUGAAGUGAAAAUGACAGAAGAUGUUAGAAACACUGAUUCAUUUCCAUUUGACUCAAAAAAUAUCAAAAUGGAUGAAUUUUCUGAAACUUUGCAAAUACAGAGUGAUGAUAAUAUGCAGGAUGGAAUAAUGUACAGCAUGUCUUCAGGUAUGCAAACAAUAUCUCUGGGACAAGGACAAGGACCAAUAGCACAGCGUAUGAUAGAGUGGGCGAGGACAAAUGGAACAUGGAUCGUGCUACAAAACUGUCAUCUUGCUGUGUCUUGGUUACCAGAAUUGCGGCGAAUCUGUGAGGAGGUAAUCACAGAUCACAACACCACUCGCGAUGAAUUUCGGUUAUGGUUGACCAGUUAUCCGUCACCUGACUUUCCGGUGUCAGUCUUACAAAAUAGUGUCAAGAUGACAAAUGAACCACCGAAGGGAUUAAGAGCCAACUUAUUUCGUUCUUACAAGAGCGAUCCAAUAUCUGACCCGGCAUUUUUUUCUGGCUGUGACACAAACGAGAAAAAUAAGGAGUGGAAAAGAAUUCUUUUCUCUCUUUGUUUCUUUCAUGCUCUUGUUCAAGAGAGAAGAAAAUUUGGUCCACUAGGUUGGAAUAUUCCGUAUGGAUUUAACGAAUCAGAUCUAAGAAUCAGUAUUCGACAAACUUUAAUGUUCAUGAAAGAUUAUGAGGAAGUUCCGAUAAAUGCUCUGAAAUAUCUAAUUGGCGAGUGCAAUUAUGGAGGUCGAGUUACAGAUGAACGAGAUAGACGUUUAUUACAAAGUUUACUUUGUACAUUUAUGUGUCCUGAAGUAUUUAAAGAUUCUACGUAUAAGUUUUCAGCCAUCGAUUUGUAUUAUGUACCAAACUAUGAUGAACAUGAACAAUUUCUUGGAUUUAUACAAAAGUUGCCGAUAAACAGUCAUCCUGAGGUAUUUGGUUUGCAUGAAAAUGCUGAUAUUUCAAAAGACCAACAAGAAACACAACAAAUAUUUGAUGGAAUUCUCACAACUUUGCCAAGACAAAGCUCAUCUGCAGGUGGAACUAUGCCACAGGUGAUUGUGCAAGAUUUGGCGGGUGAUAUUUUAUCAAAACUUCCGGACACUUUUAAUUUGGAGAAUGUACAAAGUAAAUAUCCAACUGAUUACAGUGAAAGUAUGAACACUGUACUUUUGCAAGAACUUGUUCGUUUCAAUCGACUAACAGCAGUUGUAAAAUCAAGUUUGCAAGAUUUAAAACGAGCAUUGCGGGGGUUUGUUUUACUCUCAGUUGAACUAGAAGAUGUAUUGGACAAUAUGCUUGUAGGGAAAGUACCAAACUUAUGGAGUUCAAAAUCUUAUCCGUCACUUAAACCACUAGGGAGUUACAUCACUGAUCUCAUAGCACGGCUUGAGUUCUUCAAACGUUGGAUCAAUAAUGGAAAACCUGCAACAUUCUGGAUAUCAGGAUUUUUCUUCACUCAAUCAUUUUUAACCGGAACAAUGCAAAAUUUUUCAAGGAGACAUCACAUCCCGAUUGACCAAUUAGAUUUCAAGUUUCAUGUUCAACCAGAAAGUAGCAUGAAAACUCAACCUAUUACUGGAGUUUAUGUGAAUGGAUUGUUCAUGGAAGGGGCAAGAUGGUGCAAAGAUAAACUUACUAUUGUGGAAUCAAAGAAAAAAAAUCUUUAUGUUUCUAUACCUGUGAUUUGGCUCGAACCAAUUCGGAUAAGAGAUAAAAUAGAUUCAAUGACACCACUGUAUGAUUGUCCGGUGUAUAAAACAAGUUCAAGGCGGGGAAAUCUUUCAACAACUGGUCAUUCCACAAAUUACGUGCUCACCAUACAAUUUCCAACUUCCCAACCAUCUCAACAUUGGGUAAACAGGGGCGUGGCUUGUUUGUGUCAAUUGGAUGAUUAAUGUUGGAAUAUCAGUAGCACUGGUGCAUCUGUUACUACAAUCUUCAACCUUCAUAGUCAAUUUUCUAAUAAAAAAUAUGGGUGAUAUAUUUAUUAUGAAACUUGUACAUGGUAUAGGCCUACGUUUAAACGUUUUAUCAUUGUAUCUGUGGAAAUGUA